AUGAAAUCAACAUACCUGCUCGUAUUAGCGUCUUUAGCAGUGUGUAACCUGCCGCGUUGUGCAGGACAGACCCUCACAGAGGAAGAGCCUGACCACCGGACCAUAGAUGACAUCAUCCUCCAGAAAGCAGAGAGCCUUUUAUUACGGUCUAUCCUCAAGAAAAUACAAGGAGAAGACGAGAGAUACGAUGGUGCGGGCUGGAUGACGAAGAGACAGCACCCGGGGAAAAGGUACAUUGACGAAGACACGGACGAGGAUGAACCAUAUUUGGACUUAAAUAAAAGACAGCAUCCAGGGAAACGCGAGGAAGAAAUGCACUCAUACCUGGAAAAGAGGCAACAUCCCGGAAAGCGCGCCGCGUCUGAACUCCUAUCCUCCGACAACCCGCUACUGGUCUUGAGCGAACUUUCCAAAAGGCAACACCCGGGAAAACGCUAUGUAAUGCUGUAUAAUAAACGCCAACAUCCAGGGAAGCGCUUCUAUCCAGACAACUUGGAUUCAGAGGGAGAAGAGAUGGACAAGAGACAGCAUCCAGGGAAACGCGUCUUGGAUAACUCCGCUCCAUUUUUAGGAAGCAAUCCCCCGUGUGACUUUUUGGACUCCAAUGGUUGCAGUAAUAGCCCCCAAAAUCGACUAUUGCUCGACUUUUUAGACAACAUAAACACAAGUCAUGUGGAAGAUAAGCGCCAGCAUCCGGGGAAAAGAUUUGUCUCUGAUGAAGAUUUGGUAGAUUGA